GCUAUGAGGAAAGCUGGUGUUGCCCAUAAUAAAUCCAGCAAAGAUAUGGAGAGCCAUGUGUUUAUGAAGGCCAAAACAAGGGAGGAGUAUCUUUCUCUUGUGGCCAGACUUAUUAUCCAUUUUCGAGAUAUUCACAAUAAGAAAUCUCAAGCCUCAGUCAGUGAAUCUAACUGGGGGUCCCACAGCAGGGGCACCUGGAAUGGGCAUGGCAUCCCGAGCUCAGGGAGCACCCAUGAGUGGGAUGAGUGGCCUUGGUCCAAUGGGACAACAGAUGAGUCUCACAGGGCAGCAGCAGCCUCCUGGAACCUCAGGAAUGGCCCCUCAUGGUAUGCCUGGUGUCUCUACAGCUACUCAGCAGUGCAGAAUCUAACUGGGGGUCCCACAGCAGGGGCACCUGGAAUGGGCAUGGCAUCCCGAGCUCAGGGAGCACCCAUGAGUGGGAUGAGUGGCCUUGGUCCAAUGGGACAACAGAUGAGUCUCACAGGGCAGCAGCAGCCUCCUGGAACCUCAGGAAUGGCCCCUCAUGGUAUGCCUGGUGUCUCUACAGCUACUCAGCAGACCCAACUUCAGCUUCAGCAGAUAGCUCAGCAGCAACAGCAGCAGCAGCAGCAAUUCCAGCAGCAGCAGGUGGCUUUGCAGCAGCAGCAGUUCCAGGCCCAGCAGUCAGCCAUGCAGCAGCAGUUUCAGGUCCAGCAGCAGCAGGCAGCGGCAGCUGCGGCGGCCCAGCAACAGCAGCAGCAACAGCAGCAGUUGCAAGCUGUCCAGCAGCAGCAGCAGCACAUGCUGAAACUGCAGAUGCAGCAGCAGCAAAACCAACAGCAGAUGCAGCAGCAACAGCAGCAGCAGCAACUGCAGCGGAUUGCCCAGAUGCAGCAGCUGCAGGCAGCACAGGCCAUGCAGGCACAGCAGCAACAGCAACAGCAGCAGCAGCAACAACAGCAACAAAUACCACAACAACAGAUCCAGCAGCAGCCACCUCAACAACAGCAACAGCAGCAGCAGCAACAACAGCAACAGCAGGUUGCUCAGGCACAACAGUCUCAACUUCCACCACAGUCCCAGCCUCAACCCCAGCCCAUGGUGUCUCAGCCACAGGCAAUCUCAGGACAAAUUCCUGGUCAGGUUAUGCCUGUUACUCUUACACCACAGCAGUUAAAAGCAAUGCAGGUAAGAGCUCAGCUGGUCCAGCAGCAGCAGCAGGCAGCGGCAGCAGUGCAGGCAGCUCAGGCCCAAGCUGCUCAGAUGGGAGCUUCAGGGCAGAUGAUCACCGCACCUAUGGCCCGAGGUGGGAUGCAAAUAAGACCACGGUUCCCGCCUACCACCGCUGUGUCUGCUACACCGCCAAGCUCCAUUCCUUUGGGCGGACAGCAAAUGCCACAGGUCAGCCAGAACAAUAUGACCAUGAUGUCAUCCCCAUCUCCUGUCCAACAAGCUCAAACACCCCAGUCAAUGCCUCCACCACCACAGCCGCAGCCAUCUCCUCAGCCAGGCCAGCCAACUUCUCAGCCAAACUCAAAUGUCAGCUCUGGCCCUGCUCCAUCACCCAGCAGCUUCCUUCCCAGUCCAUCUCCACAACCCUCCCAGAGCCCAGCAGCUGCACGAACACCUCAGAACUUCAGUGUCCCAUCCCCAGGUCCUUUAAACACUCCAGGAAAUCCAAAUUCUGUCAUGAGUCCAGCCAGUUCUGGUCAGUCAGAGGAGCAACAGUAUCUGGAAAAACUCAAACAGCUAUCAAAAUACAUUGAGCCACUCCGGAGGAUGAUCAAUAAAAUAGAUAAAAAUGAAGAUAGGAAGAAGGACCUGAGUAAAAUGAAGAGUCUCUUGGAUAUCCUGACUGACCCUUCAAAACGGUGUCCUCUGAAGACACUGCAGAAAUGUGAAAUUGCUCUGGAGAAGCUGAAAAAUGACAUGGCUGUGCCUACUCCACCACCUCCUCCAGUGCCCCCUACCAAGCAGCAGUACUUGUGUCAGCCACUUCUGGAUGCUGUUUUGGCCAACAUCCGUUCACCAGUCUUCAACCAUUCCCUUUACCGAACGUUCAUGCCAGCUAUGACCGCAAUUCAUGGACCACCCAUCACGGCCCCAGUUGCUUCCCCUAGAAAACGGAAAUAUGAGGAGGAUGAAAGACAGACCAUACCAAAUGUCUUACAAGGAGAAGUUGCAAGAUUAAAUCCUAAAUUCCUGGUGAACCUGGACCCUUCCCACUGCAGUAAUAACGGCACAGUUCAUCUCAUAUGCAAGCUAGAUGACAAGAAUCUUCCAAAUGUCCCACCACUGCAGCUCAGUGUUCCAGCAGACUAUCCAGACCAGAGCCCUCUGUGGAUAAAGAACCCCAGACAGUAUGCAGCCAAUCCCUUCUUGCAGUCAGUGUAUCGAUACAUGACUUCCAAACUAUUGCAACUUCCAGACAAGCAUUCAGUCACAGCACUCUUAAACACCUGGGCACAGAGCAUUCGUCAGGCCUGCCUCUCUGCUGCAUAACACCUCACUGUCUAAGUCAUGAAGCAAGCAAGAAAGUCUCAGCACAGCUGGUCUCUUCCACAUGCCACCGGAAAAACAGUUUGGGGAGGUUACUGCAGAAGAAAGAAGCCUUAUGUUGUUUUGUUUCUAGGUGUCAGGUUCAGUAGAGAACCUGAUGUUAGACUUAGCUUUCAUGCUUUUUAUCUUCUGCCUCUGUGGACUUUUGCCAGCAUUUUCAAAUAUACAGAGUAUGUAUAUAUGGUUCUUGAGACUGUAUUUAGGAUGAGUUUUUAUUGUCUUCUUAGAGAAGAAAUUAUUUGUGGACUUCCGUCAGGGAGUCUGGUAUAAGAGGGAGUAGGGAGAAAAUGUCCUAAUUUGCUUCAAAGUUUGCUCAGUGCCAGUAUUCCUUUCACACUGUAUGUUUUGUGACCUGAUACUGCCCCAGAAAUAAAUUAGCUGCAACUAGAA